AAUUGAAACAUGCAUGCGAGAGGCGUGCAGGUGUUCCCAAGUGAUAAUUAAAUCAAAACAACCUCGCGCGCGCGUUGAAAGUGUUCACAAACUGCUACACCGAGAAGUCCGAGGCCUACGCAUAAAAUCUGUUAACAUAAGAUGAACAGCAGUGGACCAACUUAUCCUCUCGCCUCUUUGUAUGUUGGGGACCUGCACCCUGAUGUUACAGAAGCCAUUCUUUACCAGAAGUUUUCUCCUGCUGGACCCAUUAUGUCAAUCCGAGUGUGCCGUGACAUCAUUACCCGCAGAUCUUUGGGAUACGCCUACAUAAACUUCCAGCAACCAGCUGAUGCGGAGUGUGCUCUGGAUACGAUGAACUAUGAUGUCAUCAAGGGUCGGCCAAUUCGGAUAAUGUGGUCUCAGCGUGACCCAGGACUCAGGAAAUCUGGCGUAGGAAAUAUCUUUAUCAAGAACAUGGAUGAGUCUAUUGACAACAAGGCACUGUAUGAUACCUUCUCUGCCUUUGGCAAUAUUUUGUCCUGCAAGGUUGUCUGUGAUGAGAGAGGAUCCAAAGGCUAUGGCUUUGUUCACUUUGAAACUCAGGAGGCUGCAAACCGGGCCAUUGAAACGAUGAAUGGGAUGUUGCUGAAUGACAGGAAAGUUGGAAAGACAGGUAAACAGUUUAAGUCUGGCACUGUGAACCCAAAAGACUGUUUCCUGUGGAAAAAAUGCCAGUUCUACCAGCUUAGGGCAGCAAAUAGGUUUGUUGGCCACUUCAAGUCACGCAAGGAAAGAGAAGUGGAGUUUGGCACCAAAGCGAUAAAGUUUACCAACGUUUACAUCAAAAACUUUGGGGAAGACUACACCGAUGAGAAGCUCACAGAAGUCUUUUCUGCUUUUGGGAGGACCCUCAGUGUGCGGGUGAUGAAGGAUGAAAAGGGUCAUUCACGAGGGUUUGGCUUUGUCAACUUUGCUCACCAUGAAGAUGCCCAGAAGGCUGUUGAUGAAAUGAAUGGGAAGGAGAUCAGUGGGAAGAUACUCUACGUAGGGAGGGCGCAGAAACGUCAGGAGCGUCAGGGGGAGCUGAAGCGCAAAUCUGAGCAGAUCAAACAAGACCGCAUCCAGCGCUAUCAGGGGGUUAAUCUGUAUGUGAAGAACUUGGAUGAUAACAUUGAUGACGAGAGACUCCGGAAGGAGUUUUCUCCUUAUGGCACCAUCACGAGUGCAAAGGUGAUGACUGAUGCCGGCCAAAGCAAAGGCUUUGGAUUUGUCUGCUUCUCUUCACCUGAGGAAGCAACUAAAGCUGUGACUGAGAUGAACGGGAGAAUCGUUGCGACUAAGCCGCUGUAUGUCGCUCUGGCUCAGCGGAGGGAGGAGCGUAAAGCGAUUCUUACCAACAAGUACAUGCAGAGGCUUGCUACUAUGAGAAGCAUGACCAGUCCGAUCAUUGACUCAUACCAGUCUGGAUACUACAUGACUGUACCGCAGCCUCCUACUCGCUCCUACUUCAACCACAACACUGUCGGCAACAUGAGAGCAGUGCCUCGUUGGACAGGACAGCCGCCGAGACUGCAGGGCCCGUACUCAACCCCAGUUGUCGGUGGUUCUCUUUCUCGCCGUGGAUCGACCACUAUUACAACAGUCAGACAGGCUUCCACUCAGGCUCCACGCAUCAUAACUGCCACACAAAAGACAAAUAACGUCGGGACACAGACUCUAGGAGGACGCCCUGACAUGCCUGCUGUGCUCAAAGGCGGUCAGUACAAGUAUUCAUCUGUGAGAAACCCUCUGCAUGUUGGUACCGUACCUGCACAUAUGGCGAGACCACAGGUUGUUCCUGUACCUGUGAUGGAGCCUCCAGUGCACAUUUCAGGCCCAGAGCCGCUCACAGCCUCAAUUCUGGCUGCAGCUCCACUCAUGGAUCAGAAACAGCUUCUUGGGGAGCGACUAUACCCGCUGAUUCAUGCCCUCCAUCCAAACCUGGCUGGAAAAAUCACUGGGAUGCUGUUGGAGAUUGACAACUCAGAGCUCCUGCAUAUGCUCGAGUCGCCAGAAUCCCUGAACUCCAAGGUGGACGAGGCCAUUGCUGUGCUGCAGGCUCACAAGGCGAAGGAGUUUUCUCCAAAGAAGUGAAGCGCUUUCAGGUGUCAACAAGGUCCUGAAGGAGGGGGGAAAAUAUGCACAAUUGUUUUUGGGAGAAAAAAAAUGACAGAAGGAAAUAGAAAAUGACAGUAAAAAGUAUUUUGAAAUUAAAGCAGUUUUGUUGUUGGAAUAUGUUUUGUUAGAAGAUAAAAGUUUCCUGUAUAUGCAUUAAA